CGGGAAGGUGGCCUGGGAGGCCUAUGUUGCCCAGUUUGAGAUGCUAGCUGCUGCCCAGGGCUGGGACGAAGCUGAGAAGGCGCUGCAGUUGGCAACAGCGCUUCGGGGCCCAGCUGUGGAAGUGUUGGGGCACCUGCCGCCGGCCCAACGUGCCUCUUACGGGAGCAUGGCGGAGGCCCUGCGGCGUCGUUUCGGGCACCACCUUCAGGCCGAGGUGUACCGAGCUCGCCUGAAGAAGCGGACUCGGGAGCGCGGCGAGACACUGUCGCAGCUGGCGCAGGACGUGGAAGCGCUGGUCAGAAGGUCGUAUCCUGUUGCCCCGGAAGAGAUGAUCGUGGUGCUGGCCCGCGAUUUCUUUGUUGACGCUCUGCACGACCAGCAGCUGCAGAUUUACGUUAAGCAGGCACACCCUGGGGACCUGCAGGUGGCGCUGGCGAGGGCCUUGGAAUUCGAGGCCUUCCUGAAGACGACCAGCGGCCUAGGGGCGGCCGCCCAGCCCCGCCGUGACCUCCGGGGCCGGAAGGCGAAGGUGGAGAAGAAGGCGGCGUCGAGGAAGGCGAGCGGACGGUUUCUCGGCUCGUGUUGGGGCUGUGGCAAGAAGGGGCACAUGCGCAGUCGUUGUCCGAGGGAGCGAAGGACGCGUUCCCUUGACCGACUGAGUUCUGACGCCUUUCAGCCUUGCUGCAAGGACUGUGGCAAGUCUGGCCACCGUUCGGGCGCCUGCCCCAAGCCAAAGGAGGUAGUGCAGGCGGGAAACCCGGACAGGCUGGAGAAGGGGGCCGAAUCCCAGCCGUCAGUCCCCGGGCCCCGACUUGCGUAAGCU